AUGGGAGACACAAAUAUGGUUGAAGGAAGCCCACCUAGUCAAGGUGACGGUCAAGGUCAGCGGCACAAAAGAGGCCCGUGGCAUCACCGCUUUACAGAGGAUGAGAUACGUGUUUUCAAGGAGUGCAAACGUGAGAGCUUGCUAUAUAGAGCAUUGCCAUUAGCUGCCAUCUUUGGAGCGAUCACAUACGCAGCUGUUGCAAAAGGAUAUCUGACACCCAAUAAAAGAUUCGGUGCUAUUCCCAAAAUGACGCUGGCAGCGAUCCUGGGUUACGGUAUCGGCAAGAUUUCCUACAGGAAGACAUGCAUGAAGAAAAUGAUGGCACUCCCAAAUAGUAACAUCGGACAGUUUCUUAAGAACCGCCGAGAGAAUUGUGGUCCCUGUUGUUUCAGGGGAGGCUUUCCAAUGCGAGAGGGCAUGAUGAUGGUCGGCGCUGGUGCAGACCCUAGAGACCUACAUUGGGGUACAGGACCACUGCCCUCGGACCAAAAUUCAGCUCCUGAGAAAAGAGAUGUCUGA